CGCGCAAGAGGGAGCGAGAGAGAUGGGAGGCAACCGGGCUCAGAUCCACUUCUCGAGUGAAGAUGCGCCUCAGAAAUUGACGACGCGCGCCACAGGAGCCGCUCCACCGUGGCGUGAACUCGCGCUGGGUGUGUGAGGAAAAAGAAGAGGAGUGACGGGGACUAAUUUGUAUGACCUUUUGGUGGGAUUUCACCUGUGAUAUUUGCGCAUUUUGCGAUUUCAGGCGCACGACUAGAAAUCAAGUUCAUGGACUAACUGGAAAACAUUCAUUCCUUUCUGCGCUUUUAUUCAAGUGGUCGUGUAAAUAGUAUGUUUCAGCUUGUGUCGAGCGACCAAAAGGGCGCACGGAGAUAAUGUCACCAUCACUUCAUUUUUUUUUUCGUUCUGAGAGUUGACUACCAGUACAUAUUUAAUCAACCAAGUUAAAUAUUUUAUGAGCUGGAGAAGUUUUCCUUGCACGGGAGGGGGAAACUAUAGGAUGUGUGGGGGAGACAAUUUUAUGGGUUCGGGGCUUUUUUUUUAAUUAAAAGGCGUUGAUCCGUGACCUGGCGCGACAAGACCCACGCACCUUUUGUGAUCUUACAAUGGACUCGGAAGCCCCGUCGUGGAGGAUACGAGGGAGCUAACAUUUGGAGAUAAACAAGAGACGACAACAACAGAGAGAGUACAGGAGAAGAGACCGAAGGAUGGCCUCUGCUCCGGAGGGCGGCUGCUCCCUGGAGCUUAGCAACUGGAACGUAAGCGGUGCCUCCAUCCCCUGCAACCAGAGCGUCCUGAAACUGGCGCCGUACUCCCCCGAAGCCACGGCGGCCUUUGCCACGGCCAUAACCCUGAUGGUGGUCUUCACCAUUGUGGGGAACAUCAUGGUGAUCAUCGCCGUGCUGACCAGCCACUCCCUGCGAGGGCCGCAGAACCUCUUCCUAGUGUCACUGGCCGCGGCUGACAUCUUGGUGGCCACGCUCAUUAUCCCCUUCUCUCUGGCCAAUGAACUUCUGGGCUACUGGUAUUUCAAGUCCCUGUGGUGUGAGAUCUACUUGGCCCUGGAUGUGCUCUUCUGCACCUCCUCCAUUGUGCACCUGUGCGCCAUCUCUCUGGACCGCUACCUGUCCAUUUCCAGAGUCACCUACGGUCGCCAGCGGACUCCCAAACGCAUCAAAGCUGCCAUCGUGGUUGUGUGGCUCAUUUCCUCCAUCAUCUCUUUCCCUCCGCUGCUGUCCCUCAACAAGACCGAGGUGGGCGACCUCACGAGCGAGAGGGGACCUCAGUGCGAGCUCAACGACGAGAAAUGGUACAUUCUUUACUCCACCAUCGGCUCCUUCUUCGCCCCGUGCCUCAUCAUGAUCCUGGUCUAUGUAAGAAUCUACCAAAUCGCCAAGCAGAGAACACGGUGCCCCCCAGGGGAGCCCCGUAAGGACGGAGUCGGCGCCGCCGUGCCGAGUCAGCCCAAGCAGCAACUCCAAGCCAACGGUAGGGAUGAUGGUGAAAAAACAUCCAAAGCCAGACCCCCCACCCUCGCCAUUACCCCGUCUCUUUCAGGGGGGCAGGAGGAACCAAAUCAGGACCCCAACCCCAAUAAUCUGCAACCUCCACCUCCGACUCCAGCUCCGAGCCCGGUCACCAGCUCCGGAGACACCUCCCAGCAUGCGGCCCACGCCGUCCCUUCUGCGCCGCAACUGGCGCCGACCAAGCCGAAAGCGGGAGGAAACAAGUUCAAGCGGCAAACGAAAACCAAAUCGGACAACAACAACGGUGACAGCUCCAGCACAGACAGCGAGGCCAGCAACGGAGGGCGCCGCGGCAGCGCCAGUAUGGCGGGGUCCCCCGCGGGAGUGAGCAUCCACUCCGCCGGUUCCAUCAAGCGCUACAGGAACAUGAUCGCCACUUCAAAGGGGUCGCGGCUGGUGCCGGGGAGGAAGUCCAAAAUCGAUAACAACCCCGGGGCGGCUCGGCGCAAAGCGAUGGUCAACCGAGAGAAACGCUUCACCUUUGUCCUGGCCGUGGUCAUCGGCGUCUUCGUGGUGUGCUGGUUCCCGUUUUUCUUCUCCUACUCUCUCAAGGCGGUGUGCCCCAUAACAUGCGCCAUCCCCGACCCGCUCUUUACGUUCUUCUUCUGGAUUGGUUACUGCAACUCUUGUCUCAACCCGGUCAUCUACACCAUCUUCAACAAAGACUUCAGGAAGGCUUUCAAAAAGAUUCUGUGCCAAAGUACCAAGGGUACUUUCUUUUAGCACACAAAGUCCACAACUUUGGAACCGAUGAAGCAGAUGACACAGACAUCUUUCAAAGGGCUGUAUUAUUAAUUUUAUGAGCCAUGGACGUAAAAAAUCCAAAUUUCUUCAACGCAGCCACAGAAUCCAUUACUUAACAUUUUGGACGAUCACAUCCUGAUUUGGAGACAAUGGAGGUCUUUGACAGGAUAGGUAAAGUCCAGACAUGACUACAGAUGGCAUAGAUAAUAUUGUGGACCAAAGCAAAACAAAUUUACCAAUUUACCACAUUA